UUUAGAAGCUCAAAGUUGUUAUACAAAAGAAGCCUCACAUGGGUUCAAAAUUUAUUCUUGGAACUACAUUCUUUUUGUUCUUGAUAUCAUUUUCCAUAAAAGCCAGAGCUGCAGAUUUUGAUAUCAAGAAGUAUGGAGCCAAGGCUGAUGGUAAGACAGAUGAUAGCCAGGCUAUUAAUAGUGCUUGGAAAGAAGCAUGCGCAUCCACAACUCCGAGUACGGUUGUGAUAGCAAAAGGAAACUACAUGGCUGGUCCGGUGAAGUUUCAAGG